CACCCUCACCUCUGAUUCGUUUCUGCUUGGCAGGACGAGAAGAACCAAGUUCUGACCACCAACGUCUGGCUUCAGAUGUACUGGUACGAUCACUACCUGCGAUGGAACGAAUCGGACUACCCCGGCGUGAAGACCCUCCGCUUCUCUGCCGACUGGAUCUGGAAGCCUGACAUCCUGCUCUACAACAGCGCCAACGAGAACUUCGAUUCCACUUUCCACACCAACAUCCUGGUCAACUCGAGCGGCUACUGCCAGUGGCUUCCCCCAGGCAUCUUGAAGAGCACCUGCCGGAUCGAUGUCCGCUGGUUCCCUUUCGACACCCAGAAGUGCGAUCUGAAAUUCGGCUCUUGGACUUACGACGGCUGGCUGCUGGAGCUGCGCAUGAUGGAGGCGGACACGUCUGGCUACGUCGCCAAUGGGGAGUGGGACCUUGUGGGUGUUCCCGGCAGCGAGAACAAAGUUUUCUAUGAAUGCUGCCGAGAGCCCUACCUGGACGUCACCUUUGCUGUCACCAUGCGCCGCCGGACCUUGUACUACGCUCUCAACAUGUUGGUGCCCUGUCUGCUGCUCUCGGCCAUGACCUUCCUCGUCUUCCUCCUCCCAGCCGACUCCGGGGAGAAGAUUUCUCUGGGCAUCACCGUCCUCCUCUCACUCACGGUCUUCAUGCUGCUGGUGGCUGAGGUCAUGCCCGCUACAUCGGACUCCAUCCCGCUCAUUGGGCAGUACUUCGCCAGCACCAUGGGGAUGGUCGGGCUCUCUGUGGUCGCAACCGUCUUCGUGCUCCAGUACCAUCACCACGACCCCGAUGGCGGUUGCAUGCCCAGAUGGGUGCAGGUGGUAGUGUUGCGUUGGGGGGCCUGGCUGCUGCGCAUGCGCCAACCCGGGGAGGAGGCCGUGGGGCGGCCCCGCUGCGCCCCCAGCCUGCUGAGCUGCAGCUCCGACAACAGCGACGGCAGCGCCACGCCGAAGCUGCCAGCCGUCGCCAACGGUAACCUUCCCUACAUGGGCAGCCCGGCGGCGCCGCUGUCCGCUAAGCCUCCCAAGGUGCCGCGGCCCUUCCUCCCGUCACCGGAGCUGCAGGCCUCCCCCCCAGAGGAGCUCUUGGGCCCCCCCGAACUGGGGCACAUCCUGGAGGAGCUGCGCUACGUGGCCGAGUGCUUCCGGGGGCGGGACGCCGCCCAGGCCGCCUGCAGCCAGUGGAAGUUUGCUGCCGCUGUUGUCGACCGCCUCUGCCUGGUCACCUUCGCCCUCAUCCACAUCGUCUGUUCCAUCAGCAUCCUCAUGGCGGCCCCCAACUUCGCUGAGGCCGUCACGAAGGACUUCCUGUGAAGCCCUGGCAGUGGUCUCCCCUGAAGGGACAUGGCUGUGGUUUCCUGCCCUGGCAGUGGGAUGGGCACGGC